AUGACCCCAGAUGGCAUCAAGCCUUUCCCAGAUUUAAUCCGGGAAUUCCAUAUCUCUCCACGAGAACUAUUCUCCUACCUCAGAUUAAAAAAUAUUAUCCAGGAAUGCAGGAUUAACAUGAGGGAACCCGAUCACUCAACGCCGUUUAUCCUUAAAUGUAUGGGCAAACUACCGAAAACCAAAGCUUUAUCCUUAUGCUACAACACGCUAUUGCUCCACAACAAACCAUCUAAAUCAUCGUACAUGUCCAAAUGGGAAUCAGAUCUGGGAAUGCUUAUCCCAAUAGAAAGGUGGCAUUACGCCCAAAGAUUAACUAAACAGGCUUCCCAUAGCCUUAACCAAUGGGAAACAUACUGCAAGCUAACGAUGCGCUGGUAUCUAGUCCCCACCAAAUUGGCCCACAUCUAUCCGGGAUCCGACGAUCGAUGCUGGAGAUGCCACAACUGUGAGGGGUCCCUCCUCCAUAUAUUUUGGUCAUGCCCACACAUCACCACACUAUGGCAGGAAAUACAUACACUUCUAUAUAAAAUUCUGGGUGUAACAGUACCUUUGACGCCAGAUUGCUUCCUUUUACAUAUCUUCCCAGAUACCCUCCCAGGGGAAACGGUUGUAUUCGCGAUCCACUGCUUAAUGGCCACCAAAACUGCCAUCGCGCACAGAUGGAAGUUCCCUUUGUCACCAUCACUGUCAGAAAUCUUAGGCAGGCUUGACUCAACCCACGCAUACGAACGCAUGGCUAGCCGACUGACCAGCAGCCAAACUAAAUACAGAUCACGAUGGCAGGUCUGGGUGGACUAUAGGAAGGGCGAGCCUCCCCCCCAGGGCCCGUAA